ACCCAGGAACACUGAUUGAUUACGCAACUGGGAGGACUUUGGCAUUCUCCGCCUUGUUCCGCCUGCUUGCGCAAUGGAAAGCAUUUAAGGGACAAAGCAUUCCUGGCUUUAAAAAGUGGCUGGAUGAGCACCGGAGGCGGCUGCCAAAGGACAAGAUGGCAACCUGGAUGAGCCUUUUCUUAACUCAGUUGACCUUCAUUGCUGCAUAUAUAAAGGGUGGCUUGGCAGAGGAGCCAGAAACUAGCUGCUGUGCACAGCUAAAAGGGCUGUCUGAGUGUGGGCCAGACAAGAAAUUCUUUUUCCAAGGUCAGCCUGGGACUCCGGGGAUCCCUGGCAUACCAGGAACAAUUGGAUCACCUGGAGCUAAGGGAGAUCCUGGCCCUCUGGGGCCCCCUGGUGAGAAGGGCUCCCCUGGAGAGCAUGGAAAAGCUGGGCCCAAAGGAGACAAAGGAGAAGCUUGUGCUUUGGACUGCGGAGGCAGCUCCCAGCAACAAGAAGGCCCAAGAGCCAAGAACUGCAAAGAGCUUCUAGACCGGGGCGAGACCCUAAGUGGGUGGUACACCGUCUUCCCCACAGCUAAGAAAGCACUGGCUGUCUUCUGCGACAUGGAGACUGAUGGAGGAGGCUGGCUGGUGUUCCAGAGGAGACAGGAUGGAUCAGUAGAUUUCUAUCGUGGCUGGGAGUCCUACAAGAGGGGGUUUGGGAACCGAGCAUCUGAGUUCUGGCUGGGCAACGACAACAUCCAUUUUCUCACGAGUUCGGGGGCACACCAACUGAGGAUCGAUGCCGAGGACUUUGCCAAAGUCAAAACUUUUGCCCUAUAUACAAACUUCAAAGUCCUGAGUGAAAAUGACAACUACACAUUGACCCUGGGCUCUUACUCCAGUGGUGACAUGGGAGAUUCUCUGUCUGUGCACGACAACAUGCCAUUUUCAACGCGGGACAAAGAUAAUGACAACAGCGUCUCCAGCUGCGCAGAAGUCUAUACGGGUGCAUGGUGGUAUGGGGACUGUCACCAUUCUAACCUCAAUGGGCUCUAUCUCAAAGGCGAACACAGCUCUUAUGCCAAUGGCAUCAACUGGGCUGCUGGGAAGGGAUAUCAUUACUCUUACAAAUAUGUGGACAUGAAAAUAAGACCAGAGUAGGUAGCGAAGAAAAGGUCUAGUGUAGGCUGGGUGCUUUACAGCAGAGGGCCUGGGCACUACUUCAGCUUCAAUCUCUCACGCAUUCUCCAAUUUUAACCUGUGAGGCAGCCUGAAUUAGGAGACAUC